GAUGAUCACAGGCUCAGUCACUACGAAAACGCAUUUCUCCACCUUAUAAUCACCUCAGCGGCUUCCUCAAUUCGCACAGCCAGCCUCCCGCCACCCUCUGCACAGACCUCACCGCACUGGAGGAAGUAACCUACCCACCCUCCCAGGUCCUGUGCUCUGGAAGGGGAGCUCUUCCUCUCUCCAACCACAACCAUGGCUAAAGGCACAAACUCAACCCACACAACCGCUGCUAACACCGUCCACACUACUGCCGCCGCCUCAGGGAUCUGGUCCUGGAUAGACAGCAUUUUGAACCGUAUUCCCUUACCACGAUGGGCUAUCUACACCCUAGGAGGUGUUGCUCUCUUCCUGAUCCUCCUCCUGAUCAUCUGCUGUUGUUGCUGCUGCUGCCGAAAGAAGAAAAACAAAACCAAAGACAAAAAAGAAAAGAUCCAACUAAUUUCUCCAAAGGCAGAUCUCAAUACAAGCAUGGUACAGCCAGGUAUCGGAGGACUGCCAGGAGCACAGGAGAAUGUGUACCGUGGACAGCUGCAGUACUCCGUGGAGUAUAACUUUCAGAAGGAGGAGAUCACUAUUGCGGUGAAGCAAGCUGCGUCCCUGAAGGCUAUGGACAUUGGAGGGACAUCAGACCCGUACGUUGUCGUGUUCUUAACAAACGAUACCCGCAAGAAAAAUGAGACCAAAGUGUAUCGCAAGACACUGAACCCUACUUUCAAUGAGAACUUCACUUAUAAGGUCCUACAGUCAGAGAUACAAGAAACAGAGGCCGUGAUGCAGGUUUAUGACUUUAACCGUUUCUCCAAGCAUGACGUGAUCGGGGAGGUGCGGCUGCAACUUGGGGACAUGGAUCUGCAGCAUGUCAUUGAAGAGUGGAAAGAGCUGGAGGCAGCUGGCAAAUCAGAGUAUGAAAAACUCGGAGACAUCUGCUUCUCAUUGAAAUAUACCCCUGUGACUUCUAAACUCACUGUUGUCAUCCUUGAGGCUAAGAAAAUCAAAAUAAUGGACAAUGAUGGAUUGUCAGACCCAUAUGUGAAAGUGCAGCUUGCUCUGAAUAAGAAGAAAUGGAAGCGUAAGAAGACAGGAGUGAAGAAGAACACCUUGAACCCAUACUUUAACGAACAAUUUACCUUUGAUGUGACGCUAGAACAAAUUCAGAACGUGGACCUUAUAAUCUCUGUGUGGGACCAUGAUAAAGUCAAUAAAAAUGAGCAGAUCGGAAAGGUACACUUAGGCUGCCGAGCUUCAGGAAACGCCUUAAGGCACUGGUCGGACAUGCUUGCACAUCCUCGAAGACCCGUAGCACAGUGGCACAGUCUUCAGCCAUCAGAGGAAGUUGACAAAGUUCUAGGACUUAAACAUAAUUUCAAACUCCCUCUUCCCAACAGAUAGAAGAGUGCAUAUUGGGGGGUUCCGGAGGCUUUCAUCAUCAACCACUGAAUGACCCAACUAACCUAGACCUCAACAAUUCUCUAUCUUACUAAGAGUUCCAUCUUCUAACAGUGGAGGUCUUGACAGCAAAAUGGUCGGCAUUGCUGUGGUAAACAUGGGGUGUGGCCAUGCUGUCAAUGAGCUUGACCACACCCCCAGUGCAAAAUGGUCUUUAAACAUGUCUUUUGUUUUUAUGCGGCAUGCUGUGGGCACACCUGCAUCCACAACACAUGGCAGUGCAAAACCCCCCAACCCACCUGAAAAAUUGGGACAAAAGUCCUGAUCGCAGGACCUCAGGACACUUGGUAGGUAUGUAUAAACAUAUGAUACAUCCAUAUGGUAUAUCCAUGAUGUACAACUCAAAAAAAUUCAGAACAACAUACAGAGAUACUCAUAUAGUAUAAAUGUCUGCAUCUUUAUCUCAGAUUCCAACACAAAGAUUCAAAAUUUCCCACCUAGGACCAGAACAUAUGCACCAUACAUUUAUUUAUUAGAUACUCCCUUGCAGAACCAUCACUUAACCAGUAAGGUCAUCCACCUGAAUCUUACGAUAGUCACAAAUAUAUAUACUGUAUAUAUAUAUAUAUAUAUAUAUAUAUAUAUAUAUAUAUAUAUAUAUAUAUAAAAUAUAUAUUCCUUAUGAUAGAAUAUUAGGUGUUGGACAUAGUUACAGUCACUAUGUAUGAAGUAGAAAUGUUAGUUCACAGCCAUAAGCAUUUGCAGACUCAGAUGCCGGUAGUCUAUUCUCCAUUUGCGGCCAAGAUGUUUGGCUGCACACAUCACGAUAGAAAACCAUACACACGGCAAUAUUCCUGCACUAUUCAUAGGGUGUGAUGUAGGUGGUCCUGAAGUGUCGCCCUACCAAUGUCAUUUGCCACCAACGCUGCUGUCUGAAUUGACACUAGAGGGACUGGUUGCACGAUUAUUCAAUAGACAGGGAAUCUUGUGGCUAUAGGAGACCUACCUUCCCCGUGAGCACAAUAUUAUUUAGGUGUCCCUUUGACCAGUCAGUCAUGUAAUCACAUUUAUUUUUUCAGGCCCCACACUGCAAAUCAUCAACCCAUUUACUAUAUUUUGGCAUGUAAUUAAUACUGUAGAUGACAGUGCUCCUACAUUCAUAUUAUCCAAUCCUAUGUCAAUAAAUGAUAUAUUUACAAUUGACUGUUCACAAUAACAU